UGAGGAAUCCCCAGGGCCAGAUCCGCCUUUACUCCAAAGGGGCCGACGUCAUCCUCUUGGAGCGGCUUUUUCCCAGCAACCAAGAUCUCUACAACGUCACCACCGACCAUCUCAACGAAUACGCGGGCGAGGGUCUGCGGACGCUGGUGCUGGCCUAUCGGGAUCUGGACGAGAAAUAUUUCGCCGGCUGGGCGGAGCGGCUGGAGGAAGCCUCGCUUAACGGCGAGGGUCGCGAAGAGCGGAUUGCUCGGCUUUACGAGGAGGUGGAAAACGACCUGGUGCUGCUGGGAGCCACGGCCAUCGAGGAUAAACUGCAGCAGGGAGUUCCGGAGACGCUGGCGCUUCUCAGCUUGGCCAACAUUAAGAUCUGGGUCUUGACGGGGGACAAACAAGAGACCGCGGUCAACAUCGGCUACUCCUGCAAGAUGCUGACAGACGAAAUGACGGAAGUCUUUAUCAUUUCCGGACAGACCGUCUUCGAGGUCCGGCAAGAGCUGCG